AUGCUCAGUCCCAAAGGCAUAAAGGCCCCCGAGUCGUCGGAGGGCAUCUUGGGGAGGGACAGCACUGGCGCGCUGAGGAAGCCCACGACGGGGGGCGGGGGGCGAUCCCUUCAGAUCCCAUCCCCGGCCUGGGUGAGUGAACCCCCGGCCUCCCGGACGGGCCUCUGGCGCCUUCCUGGAACCUCAACCCGAGAGGUCGGGCUUCCUGGGGAGCGGACACCAGAGCGCAGCCUCCCCGAGGUCCUGUUACACAUCGCGGUCUGCUGUGCCGGGAGGCCCGGACGCAGGAAGACCCGGCGGCCGUGGGCCGGGAGGCAGGGGGCCGGCGGGUCACUAGGGGCCCCUGGACACUGGUUCUCGCCGGGCGUUUGUGCUGCGGCAGCGGAGGGGACAGCUCUGGGACGAAGACGCACGUGGGUGGCAGGGAAGGAGCCUCUCAGGGCAGCGACUUCGAUGCCGGUGGCCGUGGGUCCCUAUGGACAGUCCCAGCCAAGCUGCUUCCACCGCGUGAAGAUGGGCUUCGUGAUGGGUUGCGCCAUGGGUAUGGCGGCGGGGGCGCUCUUCGGCACCUUUUCCUGUCUCAGGAUCGGAAUGCGGGGUCGGGAGCUGAUGGGCGGCAUCGGAAAAACCAUGAUGCAGAGUGGCCAUCGGGGUGGGCAUCCGGUGCUAAUCAGGGCAGUGGUUGCCCACAACAUGCACCCCCUCCCAUCAGUUCCAUCCCAUGUGUACUAUAAUAAAGCAAGUCUUUGAGU